AUGAAAAAUGGUGAAAAAAUAUCAAGAAAUUGGUUGUUGUAUUCAAAAUCACGUGAUCGAGUUUAUUGUUUUUCUUGCAAACUUUUUAGUUCACAAUUAAAAAUUCCUAACCCUGGUUGUUUAACUAAUAAUGGAACCUCAGAUUGGAAACAUAUGGCAUUAAAAUUGGAACAACACGAAAAUUCUUCUUCUCAUAAAGAAAAAAUUCUAUCUUGGAACGAAUUAAAAACACGAAUUAUUAAAAACGAAACUAUCGAUGAUUUGCAUUUAAAGUAA